AUUUGAAAUAGUAGUUGUGUGUGAUCCAUUGGUGUGAACAGCAAAUGAUGAAAUGGAAAGAUAUUCGGAUACAAGAAUAUUCAAACUAAUGAGACACUGGGUUUGAAUCUCUCAUUGCCAAGUGGACCCGCCUUGAAAGUAAGAUAAUACGGACACAUGUCUUCCUUGUUAUCUUGUUUUGGUUGUUGUGGAGAUUCAGAAGAAAUAAAUACUCCUAGUGCAAACAGAAACGCUGAAAGAGAAGCAGCUGGAACAAAAAAUGAGCAACAGCAAAAGAAAGUUGCCUCCGCUACUGUUGAAAAAGAAGCCACCUUAGAGAAACAAAAGAAAGAAGCUGCUCCAGACCAAUCUCGCAGGUUUAAAGUUCUUAUCAUCUAUUAUACUACCUAUGGACACAUCAAGAAGUUGGCAGAUCUUGUGAAGGAAGGCCUGGAGAAGAGUGGCAAUUGUGAUAUAGAACUUUUCCAAGUUCCAGAGACUUUGCCUGAAGAAGUGCUGAAACUAUUAGGAGCUCCACCGAAACCUGAGGAUCCUAUUUUAACCUUUGAACAACACAACAAGCUAGCAGAAGCAGAUGGUAUUAUCUUUGGGUUUCCUACAAGGUUUGGGGCAAUUUGCGCUCAAAUGAAAGCAUUUUUCGACUCUUUAGGACAUUUAUGGCAAAAAGGUUCAUUGAACGGCAAGUUGGCUUCGUUUUUCUUUUCAACAGGCACUCAGGGUGGAGGACAAGAAACUACUGCGUGGACAGCUAUAAGUCAAUUGGCACAUCUGGGUUUGUUAUAUGUUCCCUCUGGAUAUACUUUUGGCUCAGAAAUGUUCUCUUUUGAAGAACCACAUGGAGGUUCACCCUAUGGACCUGGUACCUUUGCAGGAGCUGAUGGCAGUAGACAGCCUUCUCCUUAUGAGAUGCAAUACGCAGAACAUUUAGGAAAAUAUUUUGCAACGGUGAUUCGACGUUUUCAUUGAAACAGAGAAAAAAGGAUAGUGGAGAUAUUUGGAUGCUUUAUAAGUAAAAGUUUAUAACU